AUGGUCUGCCUCCCAUCUUGGUCCCUUUAGGUCCAGGCCAGGGUCCUGCUGCGUCCUUCACCCUCCUCCGCUGGUGUGAUGUCACAAACAAUUGUGGGAUGAGCUGUCUGGUGUUGAUUUCUAAAUUAACACCAGACUGAGUUACUGUUGGUGUUAAUUUAGAAAUCAACCCUGGACUGGACUGCUUUUUAAUUAACUCUUUGGACCUCUCUAGGGAAACGAACACUCACUAACACUCAUGUUGUUGAAUUAACAUACAACACUUACACUGGAAAUCAAACACUUUUGAAUUUGCUGUGUAGCUGACAAACUCACGUAGUUCCUCAUCAUUUUGUCACGUAACUGCGACCCGUCGACUCAACAUGAAAAGCUAGAGCAGCAAGUCGACUAGAUGGUGCAUCUCAACUAGUAUAACUAGUCAUACUUAGUCAUACUUAGAUAACUAAGACUAGUUAUCACUUUCUUAACUGCUAUCACUACUACAGCUUGUAUUGGGGAAGGUUCUGGUUCUGCUAGACUGUUUGGACUGUUCUGUGUUUUAGAGAUGCUCUGCUGAAGAUGAGGGAGGUUUAUGAACGAAGUCCUCAGAUGGGCGACGCCAGAAGUUUGGAGCCUCGACUGGAGGAAGUGAAGCUGAACCUCCAGAGACUGGAGGAGGAGCUGAGGAGGAACCAGGUGUGGCUCUCGGAGGCGGACGGUGGUCUGUCUGAUCACAGCGGCAGGAGGCAGAGCGGAGGUUGUGGGUUAAACUCUCAGGCAACAACGCCAGGAAGCAGCAGCCUCAAGCAGCUGAACAACCGCAGUCCUGCCAGCAGAGAGAGCCCCGACGGCAGCUACACCGAGGACCAGGCAGCCGAAAUCACCUUCAAGUCGCGCAGCUCCGAGUUUGACGAUGACUUCGAUGAUGAAGAACCGCUACCGAGCAUCGGAACCUGCAAGUCUCUGUACCCGUUCCAAGGUCAGAACGAAGGAACGCUGUCGAUGGUGGAGGGAGAGCUGCUGUCUGUGGUGGAGGAGGACAAAGGAGACGGCUGGACCAGAGUCCGCAGGAACCUGGAGGAGGAGGGAUACGUCCCCACGUCCUACAUCAAGGUGUUUCUGGACGGCAGCGCCAAAGGAUUUGCACAGACCAGUCGUCUCGUUUAGCUCAUCUGUCAGCCUGUCAGGACAUCUUGCAACAGGAAGUGGCAGCUUCUGAUUGGACAGAAUUACUCUUUGGAUAUUUCACCCAAUCAGUGUUCAGAUGAUUAACUUACGAUGAACAGAAGCCUCUGACUGACCAGUCAGCCUUCAGGACUGAUUUUCAUUGACCUCUGAUUAACUGUGUGAAAUGUGUUGCUUGUGAAGAAUCUGGAGGAGAAACCAGAAAAAACAGGAUGUGAUUUUAACAGGAAAUGAAGCAAGCUUUCAUGCUGUGAUGUCAUUGCUGUGCUGACGUCACAGCAGGUGUGAAUUCAAAACAUUCAGUUUCUUCUGUAAAUAUGAACCCCACCAACACAAAUAUUAACCACGCCCAUGGAGAGGGGGCGGGGCACAUAGGCUCCGCCCCUUAGUCAAUGAUUAUUGAAUAUAUUAAGUGUGAAAUGUGAAUGUUUUGAUUUAAUAAUUAUCAAACUGACAAGUUAUUAACCGAUUGUUUUUUUAUUAGUCUUAUGAGCACGCCAUUUGUAACUUCCUGUAUGUACAACUUUCAAAAUAAAGUCCACUCUGAGCUGAA